AUGUUUUCUAGGUUGAUACAUCCCCAUGAAGGGGGUGUUGGGCAGGAAGACAUGCAGGGCGGUUCCAAUCACGCUCACCUCGGAGACCCUUGUCUUGUUCUCACCUCUGAUCCCAAACCUCGUCUUCGUUGGACCGCUGACCUCCACGAACGCUUUGUUGAUGCUGUCACUCAACUUGGGGGUGCCAGUAAAGCCACUCCAAAAGCGAUCAUGAGGACCAUGAAUGUCAAGGGUUUGACGCUCUAUCAUUUAAAGAGUCAUCUUCAGAAGUACAGGCUUGGUAAGCAAUCAGGAAAAGAUUCUGACGAGGGAUGCAAAGAUGGGAUGUCAGGUUCGUAUCUUCAAGAAAGCCCUGGUACUGAUAACUCAUCUCCAAAGUUACCAGCUUCUGAUGCAAACGAGGGUCAUGAAGUCAAAGAGGCAUUAAGAGCACAAAUGGAAGUGCAAAGUAAACUACACUUACUAGUGGAGGCAGAGAAGCACUUGCAAAUUCGCCAGGAUGCAGAGCGGAGGUACAUGGGCAUGCUUGAGCGAGCAUGUAAGAUGUUGGCCGAUCAAUUUAUUGGGGACAUAAUUAUUGACACAGAUGGCCAAAAAUUUCAAGGGCUGGAAAGCAAAACACCCAGAAGUUCCCUGGUUGAUCACGGUGGGUAUUUUCCCCCAGUGUGUUCUGAGGUAGGUGGAAUGCAUGUUUCAGAAGUACCAGGUAUUCUGCAGCCUCAAGGGGCUGAUUGUUCCACUGAAAGUUGCCUCACAUCACUUGAGAGUCUGGGUGGGUUGACACUAGAAGGAUCUCCCGGCGGAUCAAAGAAGAGGAUGCUGAGCUUGGACUCAAUGGUAGCACCUUUGAUCUGGAGUGAAGCCAACACCAGAACCCAAGGAAUCCAUUUAGCUCAAGUCAAUCCUCCAGGAAUAACUAGGUAUGGCAUGUAG